AGGCGUCUCCUCUGUGGCUGCUCUUUCUGAUUUCACGACUGAGCUGCACGACAAACCGAGCUCGUCUCACUGUGAGUCCCAGCAGCUCUCAGAUGUUUGAAGGAGAGUUUGUCUCUCUGAGCUGUGAGGAGGACGAACCCUCUGGAUGGACUCUGAGGAGAAACACGACCAGAGGAACCAGGACUCAGUGUGGAGAUGGAUGGGGAAGAACUGCUGGUUCCUCCUGUCAGAUCAGCUACAUUGUCCCUCUGGACAGUGGAGUCUACUGGUGUGAGUCCAGAGAGGGAGAAACCAGUAACACCAUCAACAUCAGCGUCACUGGUGGACCAGUGAUCCUGAGGAGUCCUGUCCUCCCUGUGAUGGAGGGACAUGACGUCACUCUGUCCUGUAGGACAACGACGUCCUCCAACCUCCCAGCUGGUUUCUAUAAAGAUGGCUCCUUCAUCAGGACUGAGCCUGAAGGUCACAUGACCAUCCAGCAUGUUACCAAGUCUGAUGAAGGCCUCUACAGGUGUAACAUGACGGGUGGAGAGUCUCCACCCAGCUGGCUGUCUGUCACAGGUAAACCCCCCACCACACCUCCUCCCCCCACCUCCACCACUGGUUUCUUCUUCUCCUCUUCCUCUCCCCCUCUUUCCUCGCCUCCUUCCCUCUUAGUGUUGUUGUUUCUUCCAUCCCUCUGUGGUCUGCUGCUACUGGUUGUACUGGCUCUACUGGUGAGACGAUGUGUCCGGAGGAAGCCUGAAGAGAGUGAUGCAGCUCCAGUUUACUCAUCAGUGAAAAGAACAGAAGACGUCCAUCAGGAACCAAACAGGAUGAGCGAGAGCGAUCCGGCUCCUGUUUAUUCAGCAGGGAAACAAACUAAUGAGGUCAUUUAUGGAGAAAUAGUGAUCAGACCGAAGAGGACCAGAGAGUUUUCACCAGAGCCAGAGGUCGUCUACUCUUCACUGAGGUCCACAUUCACUCCUUCACACCAGUGAAGUCCAGCUGCUGGUUUUACUGGUCUCUAACUGGUCUCCAGAGGCCUCUGCACAAACUUCUAUU